CCCUUCCUACUGUACAAGCGUACAAAGCGUGUGUGAGAUUGCGUGUAUGGCCGCCAUCUUUGCACGCUGUCUACUGAAACAGUAGCGUUGCUUUAUUUUAAGCUGGAGCAGGGAUGCCUAUGGACUCUCACGUUAGCAACGACACUUCAGAUCCCGCAAAAGCUACGUCUCGCAUAUACGUUGGAAACCUUAAAAAGCACAUACUUCGAGAGGAUUUAGAGAAGCUAUUUACUAAGUACGGCAGUAUCCAAGGAAUCUCUUUGCACAAAGGCGGCUUUGGAUUUGUCCAGUUUAAAACUGAAGAGGAAGCAGAAGCUGCCGUAAAGGGCGAGGGAGGCAUAUUCUUCAAAGGGUGUCUCUUGCAGUUGCGUGUGUGCUCCCCGCAAGAUCCUAGGCAUCCUGGGAGGUCGAGCUCAAGAGAACGGGACAGGGAUUAUUCUAGUCACGACAGGCGCCAAGAUAUGGACAUGGGACGCGAUAGGUCUCCAAUUCGACGUGGUGAUAGCUAUGAUGACAGAGGACGUGACUACAAGAGAGAUGACAGACCCCCACUGGGGAAGCCAUUUGACCGUUCUCCUCCUCCUCGCCGCGGGGAAGAAAGCUUUCACGACCGUCGUUUUGGUCGUGAUGAUAUGAGAGGCUACGGAGGAAGGGAUGGACCUCCACCAUCCUUUGGGAGAGAUGAUGUGGGACGACCACCCACAGGCCCUCCAAGGGAUUUUGGAAGGUUCAGUGCUCGUGAAGACAGAUUUGGUGGACCUGACGGAGGUCGCUAUGGACGGGAUGACCCUCCUCCUGGACGUUUUGGAAGGGACGACGUGGGUGGCCGCUAUGGUGGAAGAGAUGACUACUGGGGAGGAGGGGGUAGAGAUGACUACCCAAGAGGCAACAGCGACAUGCGGUACGGUCGAGAUGAUCCUCCUGGUGGUCCUGGGUACAGCGACCUUCCCUCUAGGGGUGGCCCUCUGGGUCCCCCAUUCAGGCCUGAGCCUCCUACUGAACUGAGGAAGCCCAAUGAUUGUGAGAUAAUCGUCCUUCAGCGACAGAACAGGAACUAUGCUGAGAUGGUAGAGCGUAGGCUGAAGAACCUUGGACUGCAAGUUGACUUGCUGUUUCUCAAAGAUGAAGCUCUUCUGAGCCGUGCUUUGGAAGACCUCACACAGCAGGGCACACUCUUUGCUGCUGUUGUGACCGAACAACAUGAAGUUCAUGGAAGUGUGACCAUCAACAUUCUCUAUGGCGUGCCCCAGGAGCACCGCAACAUGCCGUUGGACGAUGCAUUGAAGCUGGUGUCGCGAAACUUCCGUGAGCACAUGGAGAACCGGAGAGCAGGAAACCAAGAUGAACCGGACAGAGAGCUGCAAUUUCUGUUCAAACUUCUUCUGGAUGGCAAGUACCUGAGCGUCCCUGAACUAGACCGCAUCAUCCAGUACCUGACAGAACGUCGGGACAAACAGCUUCUUCAGGAACGUGGUGAACCGGUACCACAGCGUGUUGAGCGACCAAAGCCUGAAGAAGAAAAACCUUCCCAGCAAGAGCUUCAACAACGCAUUCUUAGUAUGAUAGGCCAGCCUGGCCCGGUUAGCCCCUUGGCAAGCCAAGCUUCAGCUAUAGUUCAAGCACAAACACCAGCGGCAGCUGCUGCGGCAGUGGCAGCCGCUGUACCAGCAUUGCUGCAGCCCCCGCAGCAGCAGGCAAAUCCUGAACCCACUGCAUCAACCUAUAUCAACUUUGAUAACCCAAGUGUCCAGAAAGCACUGGAUAACCUAAUCCACAAUGGUUCCAGUCUGCUGAAAACACUGAGCAGUGCUAAUCCGCAGGGUGGCACUUCACAUGGUCAAGCUGAGACAGGCACUUAUCAGGAGGGAGACCCAGGCUUCACUGGCUAUGGGGAUGGUUUUAGAGGUGGUGCCCGCGGAAUCAACAGUGGCUAUAGUGGACAACAGCAGGUUGGAAUGGGUAAUGAUUCUAACAGGGCAGGUCCCAAUAGAGGAACUCCCAUGAGGCAUCCCUUGCUAGGAACACAGGUCCCCAGACCGUUGGGUAGACCCGGCCCACCAAGAUACUGAAUCCAAUGGGUAGCGCUUUUCCCCAUUCUGUUUUUAAGUGGCCAGAUUCCUGGCUCUUCUACAUCGUGUGUCCAUUUUUUCCCUUUUUUGGCCUUUGGUAGCUGUUUGUGAAACCCAUCUAGAAUGUUUUGUACAAUGAAUUAAAGGUCAUCGUUUCAUGGAGGUAUCUCUAGGUUUUUUUUUUCGUGUGGCAAGGUCAUUCCAUCGUGUCUGUAUUUUGUGUUUCAAUAAAAUGUGACAUGCCA